AUGACUUUUAAUCUUUAUUUUUUUGAACCCGAGAUAUCAAAUGCAUCAGAAAAGGAUGGUAGUCCUAAGAAAAGGGAGCCAAAUAUGUUCAUUGCAUAUCGUAAUGAAAGGAUGAAGGAUCGAACGCUCAAUAUAACGAUGACCGAAUUCAGCAAACAAAUAUCAGAAGAAUGGAAAAAAUUAUCAGAGGAAGGAAAAUUGAAAUUACAAAGAAAUUAUCAAAUUAUUAGAGACCAAAAGAUGCAAAGCGUCAUUAGCGAACGUGUAGUCGUUUCCGAUCAAAUGGAAAAACAUCAGACUGUAAUCGAUAAUGAAAAUGCAAAUAACGAAGACGACAAACCCGAUAUUAAAAAUUCGAACUUUAACAUUUCGAAAGAGUAG